AUGCUUCCAGUGGUCUUCCUAUUUGUUAUUAUUACCUCUGUUCUUUUAAAUUUUUUAGGGAUGAUUAUGAAUUUGCUUAUUACACUGGUCCUUUAUAAGACCUGGGUUAAAAACCAUCGAAUCUCUUCUUCUGACAGGGUACUGUUUAGUUUGAGCAUCAGCAGAUUUCUUAUGCUGGGAUUGUUUCUACUGAACAUUUUCUAUUUCAUUGCUUCAAAUGCUGAAGGACCAGUCUACCUUUUCAUGUUUUUUUUGUCAUUUUGGAGAUUUUUGGACUUCAGCAGUCUCUGGUUUGCAACCUUGCUCAACUGCUUGUAUUGUGUGAAGAUUACUAAUUUUCAACACUCAGUGUUUCUCCUCCUGAAACGGAUUAUUUCCCAAAAGAUCACCAGACUUCUGCUGGUCUGUAUGCUGAUUUCUUUCAUCACGACCCUCCUGUAUUUUGUGCUCAGACAGAUAUCACAUUUCUCUGACUUUGUGACUGGGACAAAUGGCACAUUGUUUGACCUCAGCGGAGGCAUUUUGACUUUGGUGUUCUCUUUGGCCUUGAAUUCAUUAUUCCAAUUUAUCCUUAAUGUGACUUCUGCAUCUCUGCUAAUACAUUCCUUGAGGAGACAUGUACAGAGGAUGGAGAGGAACUCCACUGGCUUUUGGAAUCCCCAGACGGAAGCUCACGUAGGUGCUAUGAAGCUGAUGAUCUACUUCCUCAUCCUCUAUGUCCCGUAUUCAGCUGCGACACUGCUCUUCUAUCUCCCUUCUUAUGUAAGGAUGGGCCCAGGAGUCAGAGCUGUCAGCAUAAUUAUUUCUUCUCUUUACCCUCCAGGACAUUCUGUUCUCAUCAUCCUCACAAAUCCUCAACUGAAAAGCAAAGCAAAGCAGAUUCUGUGUUUCAACAAAUAA